AUGUAUAAGGCAUACUACGAAGUCGUCGAAGGUGGAGAAUUACUUCACGAGAUCCAUCGCCUGCAUGCGAUACACGGUUCUGUCAUCCGAAUUGGUCCCAAUGAAUUGCAUUUCAAUGACCCCACGGCGUACCAUGAGAUUUAUUCCGUGGGAUCACGCUUCACAAAGGACCCUUCGUUUUAUUUUUGUUUCAAUGCCAGUGACUCAGCAUUUGGUGUUAUCGAUCCUAACGAGUCGAAGGCUCGUAGAGGUGUCAUGCACUCCUUCUUUUCUCGUCGCGCCGUGCUCGAAUUGGAGAGUACAGUCCGCCAAAAGGUUGAACUUCUUGUCCAUAAGUUAGGGGAAAGAGGCGAAAAACCUGCGAACAUGUUCCUUGCCUUCAGGAGUGCGACUUUGGAUAUUAUCACUUCCUACAUGUUCGGUCAUUGCCUCGGUGCUCUUGAUCAUCCCGACUUCUCUGCACCCCUCCUAUUGAGCAUCCAGGAUGCAUUGCCUCUCCUGUGGCUCAUCAAGUCGUUCUCCUGGAUGAUAUGCGUUUUUCAGCUGGUCCCUGACCGGCUGCAAUGCAGAAUAACCAACCAAUUCCACGCAUUUCUCGAGAUCAGAACGUUUAUCGUUACUUGGCUGGAUCGUACGUCUCGAGAGGUGCAUGACUGUUCCGAACCCGGAACCUCCACAAUCUGCCAUCUUUUUUUCAACAAUCCGACCACGGAAUCACAGACGGCUGCAUAUCCAAAGGCGUUCAUUGACGAAUCCUUAUCCCUACUUCAAGCUGGAAGCGAUACGGUUGGCAAUACCUGCACAGUUGGGACGUUCUUCGUACUUAACGACAAGACCGUGCAUUCUCGGCUUAUGAAAGAAUUGGAAGCAGUGUGGCCAGACCAGGACGACUCUAUUGACCUACGAGUCCUGCAAAACUCGCCUUACCUGACCGCUGUUAUCAAGGAAUCGCUGCGCUUGUCUCACGGGUUUGUAACACCACUACCCAGAAUUGUUGGUCCUUCAGGCGCGACCAUCGCAGGACACCAUAUUCCACCCGCGACUACGGUCGGAAUGAGCGUCACCGCCGUUCACAUGAACUCUUCUGUGUUCGAGAAUCCUGACUCGUUUAUCCCUGGACGAUGGCUAGGAAACACCCCAAACCUUGAUCGCUAUCUUGUUGCCUUCUCCAAGGGACCUCCAUGGCAUGGGCAGAACUUUACCUGA